AUGGGGCCUCAUUCUGUCAACUAUGGGCAGGUGAUUGAGUAUAUCCAAGAUCGACUCUAUCUAGCAUCCUACACCCAUGCUCCCAACGAAAACACCCCUUUCCCAUACCCAACCGAGACAAGAAAGUCGCCGAGCAAGAAAUCAUCGAAAUCACAACAUGGACCUAUCCCUGUAUCACGAUCAAGAGUCCCCCCAGUCUACUUCACCAUAGAUGACACUCUUCUCUACAACGCCUUCCAUGCCGAUUUCGGCCCACUACACAUUGGCCACCUCUAUCGAUUCGCUGUCCAGUUUCAUGAGAUACUUGGCGACCCAGCAAACAAUGAUCGCGCUGUUUGUUUCUGGAGCAGAGCAGACUCGAGAAGCAGAGCCAAUGCCGCGUGUCUGGUUGCUUGUUACAUGGUGUUGAUUCAAUCAUGGCCACCACAUCUCGCUCUCGCACCAAUUGCGCAGGCCGACCCUCCGUAUAUGCCAUUCCGAGACGCUGGGUACAGCCAGGCAGAUUAUGUAUUGAACAUUCAAGACAUUGUCUAUGGUGUCUGGAAAGCCAAGGAGGAGAAUCUGCUUGGACUAAAAGACUUCAAUCUUGAAGAGUACGAGAAGUAUGAGCGUGUAGACAUGGGCGACUUCAAUUGGGUGUCACCACAAUUUCUUGCCUUUGCUUCUCCUCAAUCUGAUAUCACCACUCCUAUACCUGUCACUUCACCGCAAUACGCCAGCCUUCCCACUUGUAUACCGGACAUCUUCACCGCAAACAUUCCAAAUCCCUUCAAGAAUGUCCUCAGCCAUUUCGUAUCGCGCAACAUCGGCCUGGUCGUACGGCUGAACUCUCCUCUCUACUGCCCAACCUACUUCACCGCCCUAGGGAUAAACCAUAUCGACAUGAUCUUCGACGAUGGGACCUGUCCUCCCCUCCCUCUCGUGCUAAAAUUCAUUCGUCUGGCCCACGACAUGAUCAGACGAAACAAAGGCAUCGCAGUGCACUGUAAGGCCGGGCUAGGCCGAACCGGCUGCCUCAUUGGCGCAUACCUCAUCUACCGCCACGGCUUUACCGCCAACGAAGUCAUCGCGUUCAUGCGCUUCAUGCGUCCCGGCAUGGUCGUCGGUCCGCAACAACACUGGCUGCACCUCAACCAAGGACAAUUCCGGGAAUGGUAUCUUGAAGACCAAUUCAAGGCCAAGCACGAAGCUGCUGCCAAAGCCACCACGCCAAGGAAAGCGAGCAUGAAGACCCCUCGACGGCUGGCAUCGAAUGGACAGAUCGCUACACCACCGCCAAAUGGCUCGCAAUCUGCGAAUAAUAGACAAGCUUCGCGGUCUGCGCUCGGCGAAAUAGACGGGAACGAUGUAAGCAACACUGCUACCGCGGCAACCACAUCGUACCAAGAUGAAAAUCUUCCCGCGCCAACGCCUGGCCAGCCAAGGAAAUAUGCCCGUCUGGGAACGGAGACAAGACAUCAUCCUUAUGCUCGAUCUGCCAGUGCCGGAUUCACGCUAGCGGAAGACAAGGAAGAGAUGCAGCAGCCCGGGACGGGAAUGGAAACGGAGAUCGUGUCCAUGAAGACGCAUCGGACGAGUGAGUGUGGGAAUGGAGAAUGUGAGAGUGAGGAGGAGUAUACGCUUAGGAUGCUGGCGCAUAAGAGAUCUAUGUCCCGGAGUCCUGUCGCCGGUGCCGGGGUUGGAGCCGGGAGAAAUCGAAGUGCGAGCGGGAAGGGAACCGGGAAGGCGAGCGGGGGGAAAGGCAGGAGUGUCUCGUACACGACCACGACGACCACACUAACCAAGUCUUAUGAUGUUGGUGACAGCAUCUUUGACGAGGCUGGUGCUGGAGUGGAUGAGAAGGCAAUGGGUAUGGACACGGCGAUAUGGGAUGAGGUUGCUAAGGCGGAGGAGAGGAGCCCGACUCGAUCAAGGACGAUGCAGAAAUCGGGAAGUGGCAGUAGUGCGGGUAGCGCCGGCAGUGGAAUGAUUGGGGUGCAGAAGACGAGGAGCAACACGGUGGCGGCGAGCAGUAGCCCGAGACGGUCGGGUGGAGAAGAGAAAUACCGCGUCAGGAAGACGAGUGGCAGGAUUGCCAGUGCCAGUGCCAGCACCAGUACCAGUGCGGGUCUGGGGAUCAAGAGAUGA